AUGUCAUCCAGAGUUAUUCACAGUUUGUGUUUGAUGUGUGCUGUGAUUGCCGCUGUAUGCGACACCAUUGAGGCUGCCAAACUUAUAUCACCGGUGAUACUGAAAGUGGACGCGAAAUCCAGUACCGAGGUAGAACUUGAGUGGCAGGAUUUGCUGCGAAAACCGAAGAAGAAGUUGAGCGAUCGCAAGUUCUACACGGUAAAGUAUUUCCAACUGGAGAACCGCAAACAGAAGGACACGUACCUCUACAGGAACACAAAACGGAUGAAGAUCACGCUGAACCAUCUGAAUCCGGACACGACGUAUAUGUUCGCCGUGAAGACGACAAAAGGGAAAAGAAUCAGUGGGUGGAGCAACAGUGUUUCUAGAAAGACCCGCCCACAAGCUGACAUUGAAAACCUUCAAACCAUGCCUAUAACAUCAACGGCCAUCAAACUGACGUGGCGGUUGCCAAGAAAACCAGACAACAGGAGCUAUGGGUACGAGAUUUUCUGGCAGGAGGUACGAAAGGAUGAAUCUCCACGGAGGACCAUCGUGUCAAACUCUGCCAUGUCACACAUUUUUAACUUCCUCAUCCCAGACAGACAGUACAGUUUUCGGGUACAGACUCUGUCAGACCGGAAGACGGAGAUGAAAUCGGAAACAGUUUUCGAGAAAACCUACAGCGACAAACCUAGCAAACCACCAAGGGACAUAACCAUGCUGGUCAUAAAUCCUCGGCUGGUUCUGUUGAAGUGGAACCCACCGCCUGCUCGGAAACGGAAUGGAGAGAUUGUCAUGUACAAAAUCCAGUACAGGAAGAAAACCAUGGGGCGCGGCGACCUCUGCGUUGUCAACAUUCCGCCUCUACCGCGGGAAUACAAUCUUACAGGUCAGAGUCUUCCGUCCAUCCGCCCGUGUAUCACUUCUUGUGCCGUACAGCUUCUAAGGAGCCCGGCGCUGCACCUGCCUGACCUUGCUGCCGGGGCCACGUACAAGGUGAGAAUAGCGGCUAAAACUGUGAACGGGACCGGCCCGUUCUCGAAGUGGGACACGUUUAUUAUGCCCGAGAGGAGUGGGGACCGAAACUCAAGGAUGACGUCAAAUAAAGGCAAGAAGAAGAAGAAGAAGAAACCCGACUCGGUAAUGAACAUCGUUCCGCUGCCAAACAAACCGGCCAAUGGAAGUACCAUGCCUGUGGAUAUUACUAUGAGGAGUCCGGGGAAACUGGUUGCUAAGGCGUUGUCAGGCACGAGAGUUCAGCUGUCGUGGCGGGAACCAGACACGAAACCGUGCUGUCCAAUCAUAGCCUACCGGAUCCUCGUGAGAAGUGUCGUAGCCAAUGAGUGGGAGCGAGACCAGGUGACGGGCACGAACACGGAGGCUGUGAUUAAAGACCUUGACCCCAGCACGCUGUACGCCUUCAACAUCACGGCCUUCAACACGCGCGGGUCCAGCGAGCAGUCGGAGGAGGUGUUUGCAACCACCCAAGAAGCAGGUGAGCCAGUAAUAGAGACGCUUCUCAGGAGAUCGUUCAUAGAGAAUCAGGGCGGAUCACUGAAGUGCGUUGCCCAUGGCGACCCGCUCCCGGAAGUAUUUUGGUAUCGAGAGAAUGCGACAAGACCAUUCUAUUCGGACAAGCUAACAAACCAGCGUCUGCACAAUGCGUUCCACGUCACCACGGAGACGAGAAAAGACGAGGAAAAGGUCCAAGUAUCGCUGGUGUUCUCAGAACUCUCGCGCAGUGAUUCUGGAUCGUACGUCUGCCUGGCGAGGAACGUGGCGGCAAACAUCACCAGGUCCACCGUUCUUGAGGUAAACGUUCCUCCCACUAUCAUCGACGUACACAACACGUGGGUGAAGUUCGGAGAGUCGACCAACAUGACGUGUGCGGUGAAGGGGAUUCCCCUGCCCAGGGUCAGCUGGAUCAGACUUCGGGACCUGGCCGAGAUCAAGGAGGGACCCAAGGCUAAUGGACGAAUGGGACGCCUCCACGUCAAGAUGUGGGUGGACGAGCUGAAGAACAUAGUGUACAAGACUCUCUUCAUCGCGCGGGUUAAACUCGCUGACGCCGGCAACUACUCCUGUACGGCCAUCAGCAACUACGGGUCGUCCGUCCGUAUCGCAGAGGUUCGGAUACAAGUCCCUCCACCACCCCCUGUUGAAAACAUGCGCGCCAUCGCUCUCUCCCCUUCAAAGGUUACUAUCUACUGGAAGCGACCUAGUGGCUACACCCAUCCCAUCAGUGCAUACCGCCUGACGUACAAACGGGCGGACAGUAGACAGGGCACCAGUCUAAACAUAACAAGCCAGAGUUUUGAGAUAGACGACCUUGAACCCGAAACCAGGUACAAGGUGAGGGUCGUGGCGUACAAUACACACGGGAGUGGAGCGGAGAGCAAGACGGUGGAAGUGAAGACUCUGACAGACAGAAAUUUAGAGCCAGCCAAUGUGUCCGCAAUCGCUUUAAACAGUUCAAUCAUCCAGCUAGACUGGGAGGCCCCGCGGUCUAUAGCUCGAAUGUACAUCAAGGGAUACCACAUUUACUACAAGCGGGAGCGAGACACGAUCCCAGUCAAACUGUUCAUCGCGGGAAACACCAACAGACAGUUUCUUAUUGGUCUAGGUAAAGAAGACACAUAUUUUCUAAGAAUUGCGACGGUGAUGACAUGGGGAUCGGAGUGGCCGUCUCUGUGGAUCAAAAUAAAGAAACAGAAGAAAGAGUUAACCCCGCCCAAUCCACCACGCAACUUAACAGCAGUGUCUACAGCGUCAACUAUCAAGUUAUCAUGGGAACCGCCAGACUUUUCGGGAAACCUUGACAGGCAACACACUGGUUACCGGUUUGCGUACGGAAUAGAAUCGAGAAAUCGCAUGAAGCACUGGAAUAUCUCAGAGAAGGUCACCAGUCUAAUGCUCAAGGAUUUAGUUCCAGGCACUCUGUACAAGGUCUAUUUACAAGCGACAAAUUCCGACGGAGAGAGCGAUACAGUGUACAGAUUGAUUACAACACUCGAUGUUCCACCCGGGCCUGUGUUGGGUGCUGUAGCGUCACCCAUGUCAUCAACGGAAAUCUUGGUCCAGUGGAUCGCACCAAAGAAAGGACCCGUCACCCGCUACCACGUCCGAUAUUGGAGGCCUGGUAAACGUGACAAAGAAUCGGCCUGGCUGUUCUACCCCAACUCUCAGUACAUCGCGGGAAGUCUGCGUAAAAACAGCGAAUAUCGCUUUGAGGUUAUCCCGUACAACAGAGACCAGGCAGGGGAGACAACCGUCUUGUUUGCCACAACUAUGGUGGAUCGACCCGAAGAACCGCCAAGAUCUGUGAAAAUUAGAUUCAUCAACGCAACAGCCAUGACAGUUCACUGGGAGCCUCCCAGAAAAGAAUACCAGAAUGGACCAAUCGCAGGCUACAAGAUUGUUUUCAAACUGAAAGGAGGGAAGCGAUUGGCUACAUUCAGUGUCGACGGAGACAGGAGAAAUUACACAUUUAAAGGUGAUAGAACAUAUGUAUAGAAAUGAAUGUGAGAUAUUUAAAAGGAUGAACAGAGGUGUCAGGCAAACAGAGGAA